AUGGUCUCCUCCGAAACAGACGCCAGAAAAUCACCACUAGUCUCCCUGAUAGCAGGCGGCCUCGCCGGCGGCGUAGAGUGCUCAGUAACGUACCCCUUCGAGUUCGCCAAAACCCGCGUCCAGCUGCACUCCUCGGACGUAUCCCGGAACCCCUUCUCAGUCAUCAAACGCGUCAUCGAGCGCGAAGGCGUUCGGUCCCUCUACAAAGGCUGCACGACACUAAUCGCCGGCUCCGUCGCGAAAGACGCCAUUCGCUUCAUCUCCUUCGACACCAUCAAGGACCAGUUCAAGGAUCCGGAGACCGGGACGUUGUCGCCAUUGAGGAAUCUAGCUGCGGGGAUCACGUCGGGAGUAGUUUCGAGCACGUUUGCGGUCACGCCGACAGAGAGGAUCAAGACUGCCCUGAUCGACGACGCGCGCAAUGAGAAACGAUUCCGCAACCCCUGGCACUGCACCAAGACUUUGAUCGCCGAGCAUGGGUUAGGGGCGGUUUAUAGGGGCUAUGUGGCGACGACGAUGAAGCAGGCCACCACCACCGCCGUACGUCUGGGCACCUACAACAUCCUCAAGGAUUUUGAGAAAGUCAGAGGGAUACCGCAGACCACUGCCAUCACUUUCGCGAAUGGAGCGGUGGCGGGUGUGACGGUUGUGGCGCUUACGCAGCCGUUUGAUUGUUUGAAGACGCGCGCGCAGAGUGUUAGGGGUGCGGGUGUUGUUGAGGCGUUUCAGAGUAUUUGGGCGGAAGCGGGAGUUAGGGGGCUUUGGCGAGGGAGUACGAUGCGGCUGGGGCGGACGGUGCUGGCCGGUGGGAUUCUGUUUACGAGUUAUGAGGCUAUUGCGGAGGUUAUUACGCCUUUGUUGGGAAAGUCGACUGCGGCGGCUUGA